AUGCGGUGUGGCAUCAUCAAAACCGUCAGGAACAGCGGUGCUACAGAAUUGAAUGGACCGGUCCUAGAAGGCACCUCGCGCCAGCAAGCGCAGUAUCGCCCGCAUACGCCGCCUGAACCAUCGAGACAAAGUGGCGGAGGCGGCAGAAGAUAUAUCAAAAAUAUAGGGAAUGAGAUCACACAGCGAGGAGUCAUCACGGCAGUCAAAUGGCCUAAGCCUGACAAUGCAUCAGGGCUAGGAGGGGUGCCGAACCGAGUGCUACAGGCGCUGAUGCCAGACGGGCAGGGCGGGCAGCCCGAAACACAGCCCCUCGCCUCACUCCUCACGAUCCUCUUCAAUCAAUACCUCCGGGUCGACCACUGCCUGCCACACUUCCGCGAAGCCACCACAACUGUACUCCGCAAACCCGACAAGGACGACUACGGCGAAUAUGAAGCAACCAACUACGGCCUGCUACUAGAUAGCAGCUUCGGGGGGCGCCGCGGCCGCGGCACCGGCCUUGCAUGCUCAUACCGGCGGCGAACAAAGCCGGGAAGGGAGAAACCCCACAAAAUCGAGGGCGGGUCAAGCAAGGGCCCCGAAAAGGAUGACGACAGCAAAGACCCCGACUGGCAAGAACGUCGACCCGGCAUUCGUCACGGGGGUCGGGACGUCUACCCCGGAAACCACGCCCCGAGCGGCACAGGCACAACAACAAUAAACCCCCACCUCCCCACCAACUUAUUCAGCCAACCGCCCUCGACCUUGAACAAGGUCGAAUCGUCCCAGCCAACAUGUCAGCCAUGCUACUCGGCAUCAUCCUCGAUGAGCACCUCCGCGGCGACAAACACCUCGAACAUGUCAAGACGCGCGCUUCGCGAUGCCUCCAAGCCAUCAAUUCCCUCGGUGACUCCAAUUUGGGGCUUUAGUGUAGCCUACCGGCGCCACAUUUACAACGCCUGCAUCGCCGCCAUCAUGACCUAUUAUGAAGCAGCAUGA